CUAUGAGAAACCUCCCCCUGGGCUAAUUAAGGAGAAUGAAACAAAACCAGAGGACUGCAUACCUGAUAUGCCGGGCAAUGAAGGUGCCCGAGAAUUCCUGGCACAUGCCCCGACAAAAGGGCUUUGGAUGCCUUUGGGAAAAGAAGUCAAAGUCAUGCAGUGUUGGAGGUGUAAACGUUACGGACACAGAACAGGAGAUAAAGAAUGCCCGUUCUUCAUUAAAGGCAACCAGAAAUUGGAACAGUUUAGAGUAGCCCAUGAAGAUCCAAUGUACAAUAUAAUAAAGGAAAAUAAACGGCAAGAAAGAGAAAAGAGGAUACAGCAGCUGAAGCAACUCUUGGAGGACUCUACCUCAGAAGAUAACAGUGAUAAGGAUGAUGAAGACAGCAGCAGCUCCACUUCCUCCGAAGGCAGAGAUAAACACAAGAAAAAAAAGAGAAAGAAGGAAAAGAAAAAGAAAGAAAAGAAGAAGAAGAAGAAGAGAAAGCGUAAGUCAUCUAAAUCUAAUGAGAAGUCGGAAUCUGAUUAA